CUGGUCCUGGUGUGUUUCAGGGUCUCAGGCUCUGCAAGAGUUCGAUCUGGCUCUGAGAGGGAAGAAGAAGAGAGAGAAGUUCGUGAAGAACGGCAAGAAGAAGGAGCUGACGCCCGAGGAGCGCGCUCAGUUCGAGAUCCUGAAGGCUCAGAUGUUCGCUGAGCGGGCGGCGAAGAGAGAGCGGCGCCCGAAGAGAGCGAGAGCCAUGCCCGAGGACGAGACGCCCACCCGAGCCAAUCAGAAAGCAGGAAAAGGAGGAAAGAAGUCCGCGUUUGACAAAGAGCUGACCAACACCAGCAGCAAGACGCUGAGACACUACAGAGCGGGCCCGUCCUUCGCAGACAGGAAGCGCCUGGGUUUGGACAGGAAGCGUGCGGGCAGGUGAGUUUACCUGCUCUCU